AAGGAACAGGAUGACUGUCAACUUUCACUUCCCAGAAACAUAAUGGAUGGGUUCUGGCAAUAUGCUUUUCUGCAGACGAAAAAUAAUGGUCUUGAUACAUGUACUGCAGUGCUUUAUCCACUGAUGAUAUGUUCAGAUGCUGUCUGUGGUCUAACCUGUGAUUUCAAACCUUACAUCAGCAUUUAGUAGCAUGUAUCACUAACACUUUACAAUGAAUUCAAAGUGAAAACAAACAUUAUGUCGCCUACAUGGCACAAGAUUAGUUAGAUAUUAUUUAUUUGCAGACAAAUGUAGUAAUGUAGCAAAAGUUCAGAGACAGACAGAUAUAUAGACAGACAGACAGACCAUUUAAAAAUAUAAUUUACAAUUAGCCUAUAUAGUUUGACAAGUUGACCAGUAGGCAUGUUGCCACUUUAAAUAUUUUAUUUUAGACUAUUUAAUGACUUUUCAAUCAAAUUUGAACAAUAAAUCACCAUGAAAUUCACAAAACCGCGUAAAUCUAAACUGUAACCGGGCAAUGUAAUAUCAAACCAUGUCAAACAGAUAAUGUAAUCAAGUUUAUAAAAGUAUAACAUUUACAUGUGGCAACUUAUUCUCCUGACACCUAGCAACGACCUCAUUUCUGAAAAUAUAUUAUUAAAAUAUAUUUCCACAUAUUUUAACAUUAAAUGUUCUAUUUUAUAUGAAGGGCGUAAACGUAGAAUAUGACCUCCAGUACACGAGAUGGCGCUGAGCUCUUGUAGUUUUCCAGACUACAUCCGAUAUACAAAUAGAAGAAAAAUACACACAUGCCAUGCGGGAAGCACGGGAGUGCUACUGAAGUUAUAAUAUAAGGAUUUUGAAAUAGUGUAAUGAAUAAACAUGAUAUAGCAGAAAUACUCGACAGUUCGUGUGACACAAGUGCGCGCUGUCUUCAGUGAGGCUUCAAAACAAGUGUGGUUUGCAUUUGACCUCCGCUUGCGAGGGUAUUCUGAAAAAUAUGUGUUGAAUUUAAUUUCAACAAAAACUUUUUAUCAUGAAUUUCAGCGUGACGCUCAAGUGUUGUAGUAGAGUUCGUUUGUUUCGGAAUAAGGCGGCUGUCUACCAUUGCAGAAGACUGUCAGAUGUCCCCGUCUCCUCUGAUGACAGUCAGCCCAGCGCUGAGGAGGAGAAGCCCAGGAGAGCACGCAGAGCUCCGGGGAAAGCGUCCGUCCUUCUGUUCCCUGGCCAGGGCAGUCAGUUUGUCGGUAUGGGGAAAGGACUCUUGAAGUAUGGCAAUGUCAAAGAGAUGUUUGCUGUAGCUGAGAAGGUGCUUGGCUAUGACCUGCUGUCUCUGUGCCUAAAUGGACCCGAGAAAGAUCUAAUGAAGACUGUUCAUUGCCAGCCAGCUGUGUUUGUCUGCUCACUGGCUGCUGUGGAAAGACUGAACCAUGAAAAUCCUGCUGCUGUUGAGAGCUGUGUGAGUGCAGCAGGUUUCAGUGUUGGUGAAUUUGCUGCUUUGGUCUUCUCUGGUGCAAUGAACUUUGCUGAAGCUUUGUUUGCAGUAAAGGUGAGGGCAGAGGCAAUGCAGAAGGCCUCUGACCUUGUAUCAAGUGGCAUGUUGUCUGUGAUUGGUCGACCUCAAGCCAACUACAAAUACGCCUGCGUCCAAGCUAGGGAGCACUGUUUGUCUCUCGGUAUCCAAGAGCCUGUGUGUGCCAUUGCCAACUACCUUUUUCCAGAUGGCAGAGUAAUAGCUGGCCACAAAGAGGCUUUGGAUUUCCUUCAAAACCAUUCCAGAGAGCUGAACUUCACGAGAACGCGACUACUGCCAGUUAGCGGAGCCUUUCACACCACACUGAUGGAGUCAGCCGUCGAGCCUCUGAGAGACAUCCUCAGAAAGAUAGAGGUACGGCGGCCAGAGAUCUCUGUGCACUCCAAUGUGGACGGCAAGCGUUACAUGCAUGACAAGCACGUACGCAAUCAGCUGGCCAAACAGCUGGUGUCUCCGGUGAAAUGGGAGCAGACGUUGCAUGAGAUUUAUGAAAGAGCCCAGGGGCAGGAGUUUCCUCACACCUAUGAGGUGGGACCUGGUAGACAGUUGGGCUCAACGCUACAGAAGUGCAACAUGAAAGCCUUUAAGAACUAUACGCAUGUAGAUGUUGUAUUGCCAUAGGACUGAUGU